AUGUAUAAAGCCUACCUAGAAGACUUAGACGCAAUAAAGGCUGAAAUGCGCAGAAGUCUGUUGAAUAAGAAUAUUGGAAGAAAAACAAAGGAAAUAGAAGAAGACAACGAUGAUCACCAAGACAGAACUUACUGGAAUACAGAAUUUCCGGAACAUGUUCCUGAAUUUACAAGAAAUAUUAUACAUACUAUUAUGGAAAACAUUUGUAGAAAAGAUAAAAGAGGUUAUAGAUAUGGAGGUGAAAGUGAAUUGGUAGAUUUGGCAUUCUUAAUACAUAGCAAAUCACCAGCAGCAUAUGAUGUUCUCUUGGAAUUUUGUUUACCUUUUCCUACGCCUGUAACAUUGUACAAUAGGUUUCAUGAAGACAUAAUGAAUAUGAAACAGUUUGUUAAACAUGCUGAGCUCAUUCCGCGAAUGUUAGAAAGCAUGAACUAUCACGUAGAAAAUACACCUGAAUAUGAAUGGGCAAUAGCAAUAGAUGCAGUUGCACUCUCUACCUGGUCCUCUAAAGACCAAAAAGGUCCUGUUGAUGAAAAUGGAGAAGAAAUCAAAUACUUAUUCAUAUUUCUUGGUAUGCCCUAA